GACCUGGCUCUGUCAGUGAGGAGCAGGAGGAGGAGGAGGGGAAGGUGCACGCGGCUCGGGGGUUUGUAGCGUUAAAUGUUAACGCAGCCAUUUUAAAGGUCUCGAAGUAACAUCUCGCGUGUGUGUGUUUGUGUGUGUGUGUGUGUGUGAACAACACAGAAGAAGAAAUCUCCAGGCUUUACGGUAGCUCUCGUGCUAGGCGAACAUCCGAGAUGAGUCAGUGGCUCGAGCUGCAGCAGCUGGACUCCAAAUUCCUGGAGCAGGUGGACCAGCUAUAUGAUGACAACUUCCCCAUGGCCAUCCGCCAGUACCUCAGCAACUGGAUCGAGAGCCACGACUGGGACCACGUAGCUAACGUGGAGAACGAGUCGCUGGCCACAGUGCGGUUCCAUGACCUUCUGACCCAGCUGGACCACCAGCACAGCCGCUUCGCCAUGGAGAAGGACUUCCUGAAUCAGCACAACAUCCGCAAGAUCAAACGCAACCUGCAGACUCUGUUUGGGGACAACCCUGUCUCAAUGGCCAUGAUCAUCAGCAAGAACCUGGCUGAGGAGAGGAAGAUUCUGGCAGCGGCCCAAAUAUCUGAGAACUCGGCGCAUAGCGCUCAGAGCGACAUGAUGAUCGAGAAACAGAGAGAGCUGGACAGCAAGGUGAAGGACAUCAAGACCAAAGUGCAGGAAACAGAGCAGAACAUUAAGAACCUGGAGGAUUUGCAGGAUGAACACGACUUCAAGAGCAAGACUCUGCAGAAUCAUGAGGAGCUAAAUGGAACAAUAUCGAGGGAGGAGCUGAAUCGUGAGAAACUCUAUCUCAAAGCCAUGUUCAUGAAACUCAACAAUAUGAGAGGGGGGGUAGUGAGCCAGCUGUCAGAGGUGCUAAACCUGGUGGAGCAGCUGGAGUACGAGCUGAUCACAGUGGAGCUGUCUGAAUGGAAACGACGUCAGCAGAUGUCGUGCAUCGGAGGACUCACCAACGUCUGCCUCGAUCAGCUGCAGAACUGGUUCACAUCGUUGGGCGAGUGUCUACUGCAGGUUCAUCAGCAGUUGAAGAAGCUGUUGGAGCUGGAGCAGAAGUAUUCGUACCCCCAGGACCCCAUCACCCUGAGCCGGGGCUCGCUGGAGGAGCGUGCACUCACACAGCUUAAAACGCUGAUCACCAACUCCAUGGUUGUGGAGCGACAGCCGUGUAUGCCUACACAACUACAGAGGCCACUGGUGCUGAAGACUGGCGUACUGUUUACUCUAAAAGUCAGAUUGCUGGUGAAACUUCAGGAAUUUAACCACACAGUUCGAGUAAAAGUGCACCUGGAUAAAGAUGUGACGGAGAAGAGGAAAGGUUUCCGGAAGUUCAACAUCCUCGGGACAAACAUGAAGGUGAUGAACAUGGAGGAGUCGAUUGGGAUGGCUGCUGAAUUCCGACACCUGCAACUGAAAGAGCAGAAGGUAGCGGGAAACAGGACGAAUGAGGGUCCAUUGAUUGUCACUGAGGAGCUCCACUCUUUCACAUUUGAGGCGGAGCUCUGCUGGUCAGGACUAGUCAUCAACUUUGAGACGUCGUCUCUGCCCAUUGUGGUGAUCUCCAACGUUAGCCAGCUGCCAUGUGGUUGGGCCUCCAUCAUGUGGUACAACAUGUUGACCUCUGACCCCAAGAAUCUGUCGUUCUUCGUGAGCCCGCCCUCGGUGAGUUGGGGUCAGCUGUCUGAGGUGCUGAGCUGGCAGUUCUCCUCCAUCACCAAGCGAGGCCUGAACGCUGAGCAGCUGAGCAUGCUGGGACACAAACUGCUGGGACCAAAAGCAGCCAAAGACCCUGAAGCUCAGAUUCCCUGGAAUAAAUUCUGUAAGGGAGGCAGUGAAAAGAACUUCACCUUCUGGUUGUGGAUUGAGGGAAUCCUGGACCUGAUCAAGAGACACCUCCUGAGCCUGUGGGAUGAAGGUUGCAUUAUGGGAUUUGUGACUAAGGAGCGCACUAAGGCCCUGCUCAGUGAUAAAGCUCCUGGAACCUUCCUUCUGCGCUUCAGUGAGAGUAACCGAGACGGAGCCAUUACCUUCAGCUGGGUUGAACGCACCCCUAACGGUGAGCCACAGGUGCGCUCAGUCGAGCCCUACACUAAGAAAGAGCUCUCGGCCGUGUCUCUGGCCGACAUCCUCAGAAACUACAGAGUGAUGGCGGCUGAAAACGUCCCUGAGGACCCCCUGCGCUUCCUGUAUCCAAACACACCCAAAGACGAUGCCUUCUGCAAAUAUUACUCCAAACCUACUGACAAACACGAACCGAUGGACGUGGACAAGAAGAACGAAUAUAUCAAAACCACGCUAAUCUCCGUCUCUGAAAUGGAAAACCAAAGAAAACACCUCCUCAACUCUGAAUUCCUACACGGGAACCCGGGAUGGUCUGCUCCACACCAAGUUCAGCAAGUGACGUCAAAUCAACAUGGCUGCUCACAGCAAGAACAGAAAACGUCGGAGUAUAACGACAUCAUGAUGCCGCUGUCGCCUGAGGAGUACGGAGAACUGGAGCGCAUGGUACGGAGCACACUCAGUCACACUCGUGAUCUGACUGGAGAUCUUGGAGAGCUGUAUUGUGGCCUUUCUGAUGAGUGAUGAACGAACAGAGCAAAGAAGUUCACCGAUCUUCUCAAUCUACAAAACAAAUGGGGAAAAAAAAAGCACUUGAGGUUCAGCACCACCUCUUCCCACUCUCUCAGAUUUUUCUAGAAGCUCAGCUCACAGGUCUAACGCCUACAUUUAAAAAAAACAAACAAAAAAAAACAGCCAAAAGGAAUAUAAUGCACCUUACAUGGAAAAAGCACUUACCUGCUGCUGAUGCACUUUUCCUCUCGCCUUUUACGUUAGACAGGAAGGUGCGUCAAAAAAUAUAGAGAAAAAAAUGCACCAAAAAAUAUAGAGAAAAAUGUGUUAGAUCAGAGUUUCGACGCUCUCUGUGCCUUCUUGCAUUUAUUUUGUAUUAGGAUAUUUAAAAAAAACCAAAAAAAAAAACCAAUUCUUUACUGAAGUCUGUCACUGUAAAUCCACCUCUUCCUCCAAUGCAGCGGUUUAAACAGAGGCACAGGGACGUUUCCUCGCACGCCGCCUCAUCGCGUACACGUACAGCGCAACAGACUCAUCCAGCAGGCUCGCUAGGAUUUAAUAUAAACCUGAUCCGGGGUUAUUUUAUCGCCAUGACAACAACUCGAGAUGUUCACAUGACCACUGUUAUUACACCCGACGCAUAAAACGGUCACAAUCGUAAAAGAAACAAGCGCUUUAAUAGCGAAUAAACUCGCAUGCCUAGAGUUAAGUAUCUGUCAAUUAAGUAUGUGUCAUUUUAUUGUUGUCAUGGUUACCACCUGUUGGGAAACGCCCACAUUAAUUCCUGAGGUACACAUUUAGUUUGUGUUGUUGUUGACCUAAUGGUUUGUCUCUGAAGUAAAUCUUAAAAAGCAGCUUCAAUCUCUACACGUGCAGGAAGCCGACAGAAAUUAAAAUACCAUUAAAUAUUUCUCACCACUGCUCUGUUUAUGAAAAAACAACAACAACAACAACAACAACAACAAACAAAGCAAACAUUUAAAUCGUGUUUGGAAAGCUUUGCUUUUAUUUGUUUCGUUUGUGAAAUAAAUACUCAGCGUCGUCUGUAACACAACUGAAUCGUAACAGCGUAAGAGGAAGAGUACAAACAGGAACGUACGCAUAUUCUUAUUAAUAUAGAGAGAGUGUGUAUAUAUAUAUAUAUAUAUAUAAUAAAUAAUACAUUCAGUCGUAAACACAGCCUGUGAUUGGUCAGAGUGCAGGGUGUCACUAGAUUAGACUCUUUUCUACAGCUGUGUGUAUUGUCUGCUAUAUGAUUAGACUUUGCUAGAAACACCCUGGAUGAUUCCACUCCUCUGCAGCAGCAACUCGCCAGAACAAUAACAGCUUCUUGUGCUAACUUGUGACGGGAAACGGGGUUUUUAACUUUUAGGGGCCUUCGCAGAAUACAGGAUAAAUGCUUUCCCAGCCUGGAUACACUUGUACCACGGAUGUGUGGAGAUAUCUGCAGUGCUCUCCAAAAUUAUUGGCACCCUUUAAUAAUAAUAAUAAAAAAUAAAAAAUAAAAAAAAA